AUGGAAUAUUUGCAAAAUUCUGAUGACAAUGACCGGAAUUCUACAGCCUCGAUUGUGUGGAAUGACACCGUCGUCGUGCACAACAUGAAGGGUUUUAGUUUCUUCAAUUGUGCCUCUUGUAAAAAUAGCCGGAAUCACAGCAAGAAAAAAAAUGCAUCCCAAACAAUUGCUGGGAGUUCCGACCCUAGUGUCAAUGAAUCCAAUCCUUCAUCAACCGGUAAUUAUUCGGCAUUCAAUAAGGAUAUGCGGAAUGGAAGUGCAAAAGAGAAUCUUUUUAUUGUGAAUGCCAAUCAGCUUACCAGCUCCCAUAGCAGACUUGACGCCAAGUCGGUCAGUCUUACAAACGAGAGCAUUGAUGCCUCGAAGAUAAAUCUCCUCCCAAGUGACAGUUGUAGCAUUUUAAUGAAGCAGUCGGUGGAUCGUAUUUCAAAUUCGGAUCACUCAGACAUUUAUAAGAGGCUUGAUGCUGUUGUUCGUCGUUUAGAGCAUCUUCUAGACAGUGACGAUCUCUUUACUCUAGUAAGCGAUGACCACUCGGGAAUCAUCAUGUUUAACGGCAUUUUAAAUGAAAAUAUGUCUUAUUAUGUUGAUGUUUGUUCCUCAAUCGGUGGACCGGCUCUGGAGCAGGCGAAACUCGUGAGAGAAGCCUUUCAACUCUGCCUCAACAUAAUGCAAUUGUCCCGGAAAUACGCAAAACCUUCAGCAAACGAAAUGAGCAAAAUUAUGCAGCCACUUUCUUUCAAAUUGUAUGAAAUAGCUGAGGUUGCGAAUCGUAAUAAAUCGCACAUACUUUAUCAACCGCUUUUGACGAUAUCCGAUUCAGUGAGCAUUCUUUCGUGGAUUAAUAUGUCGUGCUCAGCUGUCUUUGUCAAGGAUGUGGAGAAUGCAACCAAGGUCUCCGCGAAUAUCACCACCCAAAUGUAUCGUGAGUCAACGCCGCUGUACGCGGAGUGGAUGCGAGCGUGGCUACGAGUGGUUGGUUCGUUGCGUGAAUUGGUGUGCGAUUUCUAUCCUGUGGGAAUAAUUUGGCAGGCAGCUGGCGCCGCUCAGGCCCCACGGGCACCCGAACCCAUAUCAGCGCCCAUCCACGUUGAGGUGAAUUCGGAUGGAGCGUCUCUCGCAUCCAACAACUCCUCAGAGAGCUAG